ACUCGCGACGCAUAGACUACAAACGACAUUCGACGAGUUCACCAAGCCCCUCCCCGGCUCGGUAAUUGACAACCCCCCUGUGUUAUAUCCGCCAUUGCUUUUCAUGAGGGACACUCUCCCACAUCCUAUCCAUACUGCUUAUAAUGAUGAUUUUGUUGGAAACGAGCCUUUGGCAGCGUCAUGAUGUUUAGCUCGGCCGUCUCGGAUUUGGUGGAUAGAAGAAUCCAAUGUCGUGGCGGCAUCCGAUUUUGGAUUCACGGCACCCGCCCGGCAAGGAAAUCUCGGCUCAUCGCUGUUUCACGCCAAGAGAAGGAUGAACGGAAAAGAAACCUGGAUACACACAAAAAAAAACUUGAUAUGGGCAACCAUUUCGACAUGGCUAAACGGCCCAUGGGCGGUCCCUCUAUACCCUCGUGUUUCCCCGCCAUGUCUUCAUUACAUGGCGCGCGGAAGCAUAUGAACCACCCUUGACGAUGAAUACGCUGUUACGACCUUUUUAUGUCUAGAUAGCUGUACCGGCAUGCUCGACAAAACCCGAU